AUGACUACGAAAUCAUCAAAGGAAUUUUCUUUGAGAUGGAACGACUUUGGUAACAACUUGACUUCAGGCUUUUUUUCUCAUUUGAAUGAGAACAAUUUGGUUGACGUAACAAUUGCUGUGGAAGGACAGUUAUUAGCUGCUCAUAAAUUAGUUUUGUCUGUAUGCAGUCCUUAUUUCAAUAAUAUAUUCAAGGAAAAUCCUUGUCAACAUCCAGUAAUAAUACUAAAAGAUGUAAAGCAUACAGAAGUAAUAUCUCUGCUGAAGUUCAUGUAUCAAGGAGAAGUGAAUAUAAAACAGGACGACCUAUCUACUUUUCUGAAAGUUGCACAGAUGCUGCAAAUAAAAGGAUUAGAAGGUGGCGAGUUAAAUGAUUAUGUCAAUGUGUGGGAUCCAAAUGAUUUGAAGGAUGUAACCGCUGUAUCUGAUGUCCUAAGCGAGCAAGAAGACAGGAGCAAAGUUCAAGAUGGAUCAGUAAACUCUCAUAGGAUAGCCAAUAAGAACGCUAAAACGAGAAAGAAACAGGUAGCCGAGGAUAACUGUAAAUCGAUCAAAAAGUUGAAAAAUGAGUCAAAUGUUGAUAGCAAGGAUGACAUCUGUAUCUUGUCAGAUAAUGAUGAAAAAUCACAUAAUACAAAAGAUGAUUCUAAUUGUGAAAAGGAUAUCAGAUAUAACAAGACUAAUAAGGUUAUUCACAAUAGUGAAAAAAUAAUUGAAGUGUCUAACGAACAAAAUUUGGAAGGAACAUCGUUAUUACAGUCAGUUGUGGAACCAGUAAUCUACAGACUAUCUGCCAGAGGUAGACCACAAUUGGUCCAUGAAGGAUACGUAUACAACAUGACCUCUCGUUCUAAAGUGUAUAAUAGUUCACACUAUCGUUGUGCGGAGCAGCAUCGUGGUUGCCGCGGUAAAUGCUCUGUGAUCGCUGAAAGAUUCAUGCCGACGGGGGUGCACGAACACAAUCAUCCACCAAGUUAUCAAUCGGAAUACAAUUAUCGAAAAAAAAAGAGUCUAUAGACACUGAUAUUGGAGAAAGACUAUUCCAAUGAUGCAUUUAAAGAUAUUUAAAUCAAGAUAUGUUUUGUCUUCGUCUGUGUGCUUGCGCGCGCGCGUAUGUAUGUGUGUGUGUGUGCGCGCGCGCGUAUGUGCGUGCUAUAUUUGAUUGUGCAUACACACACACGUCGAUAAUUCGGUUAUUAAGAUAGAAAAUACGCUUAAUCGGAAAGAGACAAAUUGUACGUGUUUUUUAUAUAUGCAACUCUUGUAUAUUAUAUGUAUACAGGAU